GGCCUCCCGCUCGGAAUGCCUGUCUGGGGCAGUGGAAAUAAGUGCGGGGCCUGCGGGAGAACGGUGUACCAUGCUGAAGAGGUGCAGUGUGACGGGCGGAGCUUCCACCGCUGCUGCUUUCUGUGCAUGGUUUGCAGGAAAAAUUUAGACAGCACAACAGUGGCAAUUCAUGAUGAAGAGAUCUACUGCAAAUCAUGCUACGGAAAGAAGUAUGGACCAAAAGGCUAUGGUUAUGGCCAGGGCGCUGGCACGCUCAACAUGGGCCGUGGUGAGAAGCUGGGUAUCAAGCCGGAGAGUGCUCAACCUCACAGGCCUACAACAAAUCCAAACACUUCUAAAUUUGCCCAGAAAUAUGGAGGUGCUGAGAAGUGUCCCAGGUGUGGGGAUUCUGUGUAUGCUGCUGAGAAGAUCAUUGGAGCUGGAAAGCCCUGGCACAAAAACUGUUUCCGAUGUGCCAAGUGUGGGAAGAGUCUGGAGUCUACAACUCUGACUGAGAAGGAAGGUGAAAUCUACUGUAAAGGGUGCUACGCAAAGAACUUUGGGCCCAAGGGAUUCGGCUAUGGUCAAGGAGCAGGGGCCCUUGUUCAUGCUUAGUAGCGGGGUAAACCCAGUAAGCAUGGCAAAGAAUCU